GCCAAAUGCGUCAGGGUCUGGCCCAUUUCCUUGCGCCGAUCGCUUCCAUUCCCCCCGGUGCGCUCCUGCCGUCCAGGCAAAGCGUCGAGCACAUGGCGCGCGCCCUCCUCCGCCGCCGCGGCGCGCUCUCCUCUCUCCUCUCCGCGGCCGCCCCCACGGCGCCCAGUCUCGUCCCGUCACUCUCCUCCGCCGCCGCCCUCGCGCAGCUGCGCUCCCCGCUCGACGAACGCCUGCUCCGCCUCCUGCGCUCCGAGAUCUCCUACGUCGCCGACCGCCGCCCUCCCCACCAGCCGCCGACGAGCUUCAGGUCGUUCGCCGUGGAGGACCGCCCGGGGGAGCAGUGGGUGCGCCUCCGCGCCGCCCGCCGAGGCCCCGGGGCCGGGGAGGAGGCCAUCAAGAUCGACGCCACCUUGUUCGACGGCGUCGCGGAGCUGCCCCCCGACGCUUCCCUCUUCAACCGGGUCGAGGCGCUCGAGCAAGGGCCGCGCCUCCACCUCAGCCUCAUCGUCGAGGUGGCCCGCGCCGACCGCGUCCUGGGGUUCAUCUGCUCCGCCUGGCCCGACAACCUUACCGUCCGCCACGUGCUCACCCUCAGGGGCGCCGGCGCCGCCACUGACGACCGCGGUGCCCGCGACUUCACGAAGCUGGAGCCUGCAGAGAGGGAGGCGGUGAAGAAGUUCCUGCAGGAGAGGGAGGUGGAUGCCGAGCUCGCCGAGUUCUUGCACGACUACGUUGCGAAUAAGGAGAAGAUGGAGAUGCUCCGGUGGCUGAAGACAGUCGAAUCAUUCGUCGAGAAGUAAGCUAAGGAGCUGAAGGCUUGUUAGCAGGUGAUUUUUUUCAUCCUCAUACAUAUGUUCAGAGUUAUGGAGAUGAAUGGGGCGACACAAUGUUGCGAGUUCGAGAACAAAUUGAGCUUCAGAUAGAACUCAUAAGAUAAGCUAGUAUUUAAUGCACUUUCUUGUAGUAUGGAAGCAAGCUCGCAGGUAGAAUUAUAUGUGAGAGUAGUAGUAAGGAAUGAGCCAUAAACGUUUCGUGAGGUAAAAGAAGCAACAAUCCAUCUUGUAGUUGGUUAUUUUCAAAAAUGAUUUGGUCUUGUGGCUACCUGUGACAAGGUCUGCAAAUCGUCUAAAUAUAGAGAUCGAUGAAGUUCAUGUU